AACCCAAUUUCAUAGUAAAACUUAUUAGUUCGUUCUAAGCCCAAUUCAAGCUUCCAUCUAACAACCGCGAGCCAUCGAUCCCGCUCACAUUGAGUUACACCCAUAUCGCAAUGUCACAAAUCCCAAUCGUAGCCGUUCCUGGCCAACUCCUCGGUCCCAGUAGCGAAUAUCUUCCAGGUCCAGGUACACACAUCCAUUCCUCGAACCUCUACGCCUCCAUCCUCGGACCCAUCAAAACCGUAGCACCACCCAAACCCAGCUAUCCGCAAAAACGAGCCACCAAGAUUACGCCGGCGGCACCCAUACCACUCUCUACUAUCUCCGUUGAAAGAGCUACUGUUACGGGAGACAAGGCGGAAAUUAUACCUGAGGUGAAUAGCACGGUUUUAUGCCGAGUUACGAGAAUCACCCCGCGACAAGCGACAGUGGCGAUAUUGGUUGUAGGAGAGACGGUUUUGGAGGGGGAAUGGCAGGGUCUGAUUAGAGUGCAGGAUGUGAGAGCUACGGAGAAGGAUAAGGUUAAGAUUUUUGAGAGUUUUAGACCGGGGGAUAUUGUGAGGGCUGUGGUGGUGAGUUCUCUUCUUCUUUCUGAAAUGACUAUUUAUAAAGACGAACUGAUGCUAAUUUGGCAAUGAUGCUAGAUUUCAUUAGGUGAUCAGUCGAAUUAUUACCUUAGUACGGCGAGAAAUGAGUUGGGGGUUAUCAUGGCAACGAGUGAGGCGGGUAAUGCGAUGUAUCCGGUUAGUUGGAAGGAAUAUAAAGAUCCGGAAACAGGAGCAAGUGAGAGUAGAAAGGUUGCGAAACCGUUUUAGAGAUCAUGGGAGGUGGGCGACAGGGUCUUUCGACCCCUGUUGUAUGUACAUGCAUAGCGUAUGGCGUCCAGGCGUUUAUGGAUAUAAGGAUAUACCAAUUCACACAGAGUUCAUCACUUGAUAUCUUCUGUUUCUUGUCUGAUGCUUGAGGCUUGAGUGCUGGAAGUAGUUUACAUUUAGAUUGCUAGAUGGAAAUGAAUAAGACGAGAGCAGGG